GCGGAGUAAAAAGCUACUGUUUCCUGUUCCGGUUCAACGGACCUUAUUGCACAGAUCAAAAUGUUGACCCGAGUUUCACGGUUCGGGUCCGCUUUACCCCGGUUACUCUCUAGUCAACCGGCUCGGUUUGUCUCCCAGUCCAAACCGACUAGUAGCACCGGCUCGACCGCUGUGACGGAGCUACAUCCCGCCGCCGAGCAGUCUGGACACGGUGAGGUCAGCCCGUACGUCAAGAAUCCAGAUUAUCAUGGCUUCUCCAGCGAUCCCGUGGAGGAUGAGUGGAACAUGAGGGUGGGCUUCUUCUUUGGCAUUUCAGUGGCUCUUGUUAUUGGAGGAACAUUUCUCCACUAUUUGCCAGACCACGGCAUGAGGCAGUGGGCCAGAAGGGAGGCAGAGCGUCUAGUCGUGCAGAGAGAGAAGGAAGGUCUCCCUCUCAUAGAGGAGAACUACUAUGAUGUAAACAAGAUUGUUCUGCCCGCCGCUGAAAAGGAGUAGGAUAUUCAGGAUCCACUCACUGUAUUUCCGAAUCAUUGUAUUUCAGUAUGAUAGAAUAAACGAUGUGCUUGUUGAGUUAUUUAAUUACUAUGUGUGAACAGUUACUUCUUGAAGCUGCAGUUUCACAGGAUCAUUAAUUAAAGGUACCUAUGAAGACACUGAAAACUGCUGGUGCCAACUUUCAGUAUUCGACAAUAUUUAGUUCUUAGUCCUAUGGUUAUUCAAAAAAAAUUGAGGUUCAUUAACCAGCCCUCUAUAUACUGGAAUUAACUUUUUACAUUUAAGUUUGAUGAAUGGGGAAACUAAUACACUGAGCUGAAAUACUGUAGUACCUAUGAAUGUGACAUUCAUAAACUCAGCUCCUUGUUUUUAUUUUUGACAAAUCUGCUGCUUUUCCAAUGUGAUGGCUUCAGUUGAUCAAAACCUCUUUUGAAGACAGGACAAUUUUUGUCUCUUUUUAAAAAAAAUGUAUGAAUGAACUAAGCAAUGCUUAUUUUAAAUGAGAACUAACAAAGCAGAAGCUUUCCUGCAGUGACAAAACAUGAGCACAAAUAGAGAAACUGACAUAGAAUGAACCACAUCUGCCAUGUGUAGUGUAGCUGUAAGUGUUAUGUUACUACUUUCAGUCCCACAAAUAAAGGCUUUCAAGGCUUUAAGAUUCA